AUGGCUGGCAGCACAGUGUGUGCUCUGGGAAGAAACAGCUGCCCUGGCCGCAGAGGGAUCCCCGCACUUCCUGACGCCAGCCCAUAUCCUGACAAAAGAGAGGCCCGUCGAAAGAGGAUUGUUUUGAACCAGCAUCAAAAAGAUACCCUCCAGGCGUGGUUUGAAAAGAAUCCCUAUCCUGGCAUAGCUACCAGGAAUCAACUGGCCAAAGAAAUUGACAUUCCAGAGUCUAGAAUUCAGGUUUGGUUUCAGAACCACAGAUCGAGACAGAGACGACUGGGGUUAAAAUGCUCCUCUGAGGAAUACCAAACCCAGGGACAGACUAAUCCUCAGUUUAGGACUCAAGCUAAAGAAGCUGGACGAAUUCGAACAUCUAUCACAAGAGCUCAAGCCAGUAUCCUAGUUCAAGCCUUUGAGAAGAAUCAAUUCCCUGGAAUUGCUACCAGGGAAGAACUGGCUAAACAAACCAGCCUUCCAGAAUCCAGAAUUCAGAUAUGGUUUCAGAACCGAAGAGCUCGGCACCCUGACUCCAGCAGAGGUGGAUCUGUGGAUUCCCUGGCAGCAGGCCCAAGUCAGAGACCUCAUGUGACUGUGAAGAUGGAGCAAAGCAGCCUGUCUACUGCCCCAUGUAGCUCUGGUCCCUUUCCUCCUUCCAAGUGUUUCAGCAGCAAACAGUCCUUUGUACUGGUUUUUCUCCCAUUCUACAUGUCCUUGGUUCCUUGGGAUCCCUCUGGGAGCUACAUGAGUCAGGCACCAGACUCAUGACGCUUUAGCCUACCCAGGCUGUGCAGAGAAAGGGCUCUUACCCUCCUCCCUCCUUUGACACUUAGAAAUUCUGUGUCAAUAGUACCACUUCUAUGAGUGGGGCUGUCACAUAUGCAGACUCGUUUCUGACCCCCAUACCAAGGAAGAUGCCAAGGUGACAAGGGGAACAAGCACACUGGCCUGGCAGUGCUGCCCUUUAAGAAUCUGGCUCAGCCUCAGCCUGGUGACCCUAAACAGCAAUGACGGGCCAGUAAGACACAGCUCUUUCUAUGCAAUGUUGGAAUGGGUGUCUCCAGUCCCUUAUUGCUAAUAGACCUGCAUCUCCUGGGCAAACUCAGGCGCUGGUGGCAGCGCAGGCCCCAGCCCCUGAAAAGCUAUCACACCACUUGACUGAUCAUGCCAACCUUAAGGCUUUUAGGUUAACUCCUGUCUGCCACAGAUUCUUAGGAAAAGAUUACAUCUUUGGCAGGG